AUGACAACCAUAGAGAGAGAGGUUACAGAGGAUGUUACUGAGAGGGUGGCAGUUCUUAAGGUCACGGCGAUGCAAGACUGGGCUUCCUAUGCAGAAGGGCAGCUCAGUGAUCAUCGUGAGGCAGCUCUACAAAGUAUAGUGGCACUGUUGGGGCCACAGAACGGGGAUACUGAGAGGACAGAGCCACAGGGCAUUCUGUGCAAGGUUCCCUGGAGCAGAGGGGCCCUUGUGUGUUGUCGUGCCCAAUGUGGUUCUCAGUUUUCCUUUGCGAUUAAGCCAGGCCUGCCUCUGACUCACAUUUGUGGAUGA